AUGUCCUCAGUGACCCUCCGCAUUCUAUCCCUCUGGGUUAUUCUAUUUUCAAUAUCUGCAAUGGGUAAGCAUAUCCUCCCCAGCUCGAGCUUGACUUUGCCGAUAGUUGCAGCGUCACCCGCACCAAUAGAUCCCGGGCUUGCAUCGGUCAUCACGAGCAAUAUGAAUCUGAAUUGCGGUCAGAGCUGUCAGACCGCUAAGGGUACAAAACAACUGGUAACGUUCACUCUUGAACGUGACGCGUGCGUCUUCUAA